AGAGAAAAAGUUAGUGAGGGGGAACAGCAGAGGCGCACGGUGCCAGAGCCAGGACCACUAGGAGCCUCCGCAAGCGCAACAACAGCCAGCACGCCGAGAAGAAGAGUCUUUCUCAUUAUUUCUGUUUCACUGAGGGCAAGUGUGCUCGGCAGGGGAGAACAGCGCUAUGACAUGCGAGUAGAGAGCCGCACAGUCUGAGAGUGUUAAUGCAGGCGGAUCCUUGAUUUAUUCCCCCAAGAUGAAUAAAGACUUGAGCCUGCGACAGCUCGCCGUGCCUCUGCUCUUCCUCGCCCUGUGCGUCGCGGUGCAGCGAUCGGACGCCAAGGCUUGUAACGGAUGUGCGGGAUCCAAAUGUGACUGCAGUGGAGUGAAAGGAGCAAAGGGUGAACGAGGUUUCCCUGGUCUCACGGGACAACCAGGAGUCCCGGGUUUCCCUGGACCUGAGGGACCAAUCGGACCCAGAGGAGAGAAGGGUAGCGAUGGACCUCAAGGACUUUCUGGUCCAAAAGGAAUAAGAGGGCCUCCUGGAUUGCCAGGAUUUCCAGGAACACCAGGACUUCCAGGUCUCCCCGGGCAAGACGGAGGUCCAGGCCCGAGAGGAGUGCCGGGCUGCAAUGGCACAAAGGGCGAGAGGGGUUUCCCAGGAACUCCAGGAAUCCUCGGACAGCAAGGAAGGCCGGGUCCACCUGGUCUCCCGGGACAAAAGGGAGACCCUGGAGAUGUGAUCUCCACCAAUCGCUUUGGAGAGAAAGGAGCAAUCGGGUUGCCCGGAGUGCCAGGCAGUCCUGGCACUCCAGGACCCCCCGGUUUGCAAGGUCCAAACGGCCCUCCAGGACCCAGAGGCUACGAGGGUCGUCCAGGUCCUCCCGGUCCUCCUGGACCAAAGGGAAACAUGGGCUUGAACUUCCAAGGACCCAAAGGAGAAAAGGGUGAACCAGGUUUGCCAGGACCUCCUGGUCCUCCAGGCCAAGUUGGAGAACAGAAAAGACCACCUGAGACAGAGAUUCAAAGAGGAGACAAGGGUGACCCAGGACCUCCGGGUCCCAGAGGUGAUCCAGGCUUUCCUGGACCUCCUGGUCCCUCAGGUGGCCCGAAAGGAGAGAAGGGAGAACCAGGAGAACCAGGCAAAAGAGGCAAACCAGGAAAAGAUGGUGACCCUGGUCCUCCAGGCUUUCCUGGCACCAAAGGAGACCCAGGCCUUCCAGGUCCUCCAGGCAGGGAUGGGGAGAGAGGACUUAAAGGUGACCGUGGAUAUCCAGGCCCACCAGGAGUGGUGAUUGGCGGGCAGACUGGAGGUCUGGUGGGUCCAAAAGGCGAGCCUGGAUACCCCGGAACACCUGGACUCAAAGGAGACAGAGGACCACCAGGUUUAACUGGACCUCCAGGACAACCAGGAAUUCCAGGUAUCGGUGGUGGUGGUCAGCCUGGACCACCAGGCUUCCCAGGAGAGAGGGGUCAGAAGGGAGAUCAAGGUUCUCCCGGGCUGUCUUUGCCAGGUCCCCCAGGACGCUCAGGGACUCCUGGUGCCCAGGGUCCACCAGGGCUCCCUGGGCCACCAGGCUUUUCCUCAGCAGGACAAAACUGCAUUGCUGGAGAGCCCGGGCGUCCUGGCGUGCAGGGGGAGAGAGGUUAUCCAGGAGAGACAGGCCAGAAAGGUGAGAAGGGCGACACCUGUGUGAACUGCUUUGGUGGUACCAGUGCCAUCCCAGGACCCCCAGGACCUCCAGGACAACCUGGAUUCCCUGGAAGUUCUGGUCCUCAGGGUAUCAAAGGAGACAGAGGAUUUCCAGGAACACCUGGUUCUGUUGGACCCUCUGGUCCCCCUGGCAUUCAGGGUGCCCCAGGAUUCCCCGGAGAGAAGGGAGACCCAGGCGAAGUCAUCACAGUGAGUGGUUUAAGGGGAGAGAAGGGUGACACUGGUUUCCCAGGACCACCUGGUCUGCCCGGGCUGGAUGGUCGACCCGGUCGUGACGGACAGCCUGGACCUCCUGGAGCAAAGGGAGCUCCUGGCUCUCUGCAAGUGAAAGGAGAACGAGGAGUCCCCGGAGAGCAAGGUACCCCUGGUAUCCCAGGAGACAGGGGUUCUCCAGGACCUCCUGGCUUCGGACCUCCAGGGCCUUCGGGAGAGAAGGGUGUCCAGGGUGUCUCAGGAAGACCCGGAGCUCCCGGUGCCCCUGGUGCUAAAGGUGAACCAGGCUUAUCCAUUGCCGAAAAAGGCUUGCCAGGACCCAGAGGACAGGAUGGUGUACCAGGACUGCCUGGUGAACCAGGUAGCCCAGGUCAGCCUGGACAGCCUGGUUUCCCUGGUUUACCAGGAUCCAAGGGUGAACCUGGACUUCCAGGCAUCGGACUUCCAGGACCACCAGGAACUAAAGGAUUCCCAGGUAUCCCUGGCCAGCCUGGAUCUCCUGGAGGACCAGGUAGACCAGGAGUAGAUGGACUUCCUGGCCAACCUGGAUUACCUGGACCCAAGGGUGAGCCUGGCUUUGGCCUUCCUGGCCCCCCAGGCUUACCAGGAGUACCUGGAACUAAAGGGGCCUCAGGACCAAAGGGAGAUCCUGGCUUCCCUGGCAGCCCUGGUUCAUCUGGACGACCUGGAGUCGAUGGUGCUCCAGGAUUUAAAGGUGAGCCCGGCACACCUGGUAUACCUGGAGCUCGUGGCCCACCUGGAUCUCCAACCAUCGGCUCCCUGGGGCCACCCGGCCCUCCUGGACCCCCUGGCUCAAUGGGACCACCAGGCGAGAAAGGAUUCCCUGGAUCAAACGGAGAGAAGGGAGACCCCGGUUCUCCAGGUCAAGACAUCCCAGGUCUGCCUGGAGACAGAGGAAGUCCUGGUUUCCCAGGUUCCCCAGGACCAGUAGGAGCCCCAGGAACUCCUGGAGGACCUGGACGGGAUGGCCUGCCUGGACUGCCUGGUCAGAAAGGAGACAUGGGUCCCAUGGGACCUCCAGGACCUUCUGGAGGACCAGGAGGUCCAGGGGGGCCUGGAGCUCCUGGACUUAAAGGUGAACCUGGAUUCCCGGGCAGAGACGGUGGACCGGGAGGUCCAGGUGCUAAAGGAGAGAGAGGUGACCCUGGCGUCCAGGGACCCCCUGGUGCCAGCCUGCCGCCGUCAGUCACAAAGGGAACCAAAGGAGAUACUGGACUACCAGGUGUACCAGGUCUUCCAGGUCAGAAAGGCAUCACUGGUCUGCCUGGUGACCCCGGACUGCCAGGAUCAGAUGGACGCCCUGGACUCCCUGGACCACCAGGACCUAAGGGAGAUCUUGGUCUUCCGGGUGGACCAGGUGGUCCUGGAGUCCCAGGACCAAAAGGUGCUAUGGGAGAAAUGGGCAUCCCAGGACCAUCAGGGCUGAAAGGUCUACCGGGUCAGCCAGGUAGGCCUGGAACCCCAGGACAGCCAGGUGGUCCUGGUUUCCCUGGAUCCAAAGGUGAACCAGGCUCUGCUGGAGUUGGACCACCCGGACAACCCGGAACCAAGGGUGAACCAGGACAGCCUGGAUUCCCAGGAAGUCCCGGACUGAAAGGAACACCAGGAUCACCUGGUCUCCCAGGUUUACCAGGAGGGCCAGGCAGCAAAGGUGACCCCGGCCUGCCUGGAUUCCAAGGUCCUCCCGGUGUCUCCGGUCCUAAGGGUCUUGAUGGUGAACCUGGUGGCCCAGGUCUCACUGGAGCUCCUGGCAGACCAGGAGAGCCUGGCCGACCGGGAUCACCAGGGUUCCCAGGAGAAAAGGGUCAGGCGGGUCGGGACGGGAUCCCAGGACCAUCCGGAGUCAAAGGAGAGCCAGGACUUCCUGGAUACGGCGGUCCCGGUCCAGCUGGGCUUCCGGGGUUGCCGGGCGCAAAGGGAGACUCAGGUCUUCCCGGCCCACCUGGCAGUCCUGGUUUCCCCGGCACUAAAGGAGACGCUGGUUUCCCUGGUUCUCCUGGUGCUCCAGGCAACAUAGGCCCUCCUGGACCUGCGGGACUGGCUCUGCAGGGCCCCAAAGGACUCCAAGGACCCCCUGGACCACCUGGAAGAGCAGGUCCCACAGGUCCUCCAGGUGCACCUGGCCCACAGGGUCCCCGUGGGCCCGCAGGAAGCGGUGGCGUUAAGGGAGAGAAGGGUAUUCCUGGCGCUCCUGGUCAGCCAGGCUUCCCCGGACAGAAAGGAGAUCUUGGUGGUCCUGGAUUCCCAGGGUCCCCUGGUCUUCCCGGAACUCCUGGUCCGAAGGGAGAUAUCGGUCUGCCUGGCGUUCCUGGAUUCCCUGGAUCAAAGGGAGACCCAGGACUCCCUGGUGGAAGUGGCCUUCCUGGGGAUCCCGGAGAAGUUGGACUCCCUGGCCCUCCUGGUGACCCCGGUGUACCUCCAACUCCCAUUGUGGUGAAGGGAGAGCGAGGACCUCCUGGUAUCCAGGGCCAGCCUGGUGCUCGGGGACCACCUGGACCUCCUGGGCGCGAGGGACUUCCAGGUCCGUCUGGUGACCCUGGAGAUCCUGGUCAGGAGGGUCCUCCCGGCUUCAGCGGCCCACCUGGCAGGAAGGGAGACAACGGACCCGCCGGUCAGCCUGGUCAGCGAGGCUACCCUGGUCCCCCCGGUUCAGACGGUCUUCAGGGUCCUCCAGGUCUUCCAGGGUCAGUGGCUGCAGCCCAUGGCUUCCUCAUCACCCGACACAGUCAGAUUCCGGAAAUCCCCGUCUGUCCCGAUGGCACUAACCUCAUCUACAGCGGCUACUCCCUGCUGUACGUGCAGGGCAACGAGAGGGCACACGGACAGGAUCUUGGCUCGGCCGGCAGCUGUCUGCGCAGGUUCAGCACCAUGCCCUUCAUGUUCUGCGACAUCAACAACGUCUGCAACUUCGCCUCCCGCAACGACUACUCCUAUUGGCUGUCCACGGAUAGGCCCAUGCCCAUGUCCAUGGCCCCCAUCAGCGGAGAGAGCAUCCAGCCUCACAUCAGCAGGUGUGUGGUGUGUGAAGCUCCAGCCAUGGUGAUUGCAGUCCACAGUCAGACCAUCCAGAUUCCCAGUUGUCCUUCGAAUUGGGAAGCUCUGUGGAUAGGAUAUUCCUUCAUGAUGCACACUAGCGCAGGUGCAGAAGGCUCCGGUCAGGCCCUGGCCUCCCCUGGUUCCUGUCUGGAGGAGUUCCGCAGCGCUCCCUUCAUAGAGUGCCACGGCAAAGGGACAUGCAACUACUUUGGCAACUCCUACAGCUUCUGGCUGGCCACCGUGGAACCAAGUGAGAUGUUCAGGAAGCCCCAGUCGGAGACUCUCAAGGCGGGUAACCUACGGACACGAGUCAGCCGCUGCGUCGUCUGCAUGAAGACGACGUAACGGCACAUGGCAUCGAGUAAACCCACGGGGACGCCUGAUCGAUACCAACAGAUGAUUGGAUGACGGGGGGGACAAGUGGGGGGGGGGGGUCGUCGCAGCGACGGAUAGACCGUCGUUGAGGUGACAAGGUGGAAUUCCAGCGGAGCUUUGUCUUCCGGGGAAAAAAACAAAAAAAAAAAAGAAAACACUACAAGUAAAACAACAAUGGUGCUACUGUGCAACACAGCUUAAAAAAAAGACGAAAACAAAUCUUACAUUUAGUCUUUGUUUUUCUUAAGAAGUACCUCAAAAUGAAAGCAGAAAAAAUAUCCACUAAAUGGUGCCAUGAUGGAUGUGUGACAACAAAAAGUGCAUUUUUCCUAUCCCUUCUUUCCCCAGAGGAUCAUUAUUCCCUUUCUCUCUCUCUCUCUUUUGUUUUUUAAAUCACUUUUUUCUUCUUGGUGCAGUCCUGUACAUCCACUUUCGAGACAGAAGUGCUCUUUGUUUCUGUUUCGUUUCGUUUCGGGCCUUACUAAUGAGGAGCGGAUGGUCUCCACUGUUACCAAAUCGGCACUUUGACUUCGGAACAUCCAAGAUGAGAGAUGCACUGACGAUGAGCUUUCCUUACUGAGACUGACUGCCUUUUUUAAAAAUGACUAGCUCUUCAUUCACACGCUCUUUUCCCUCUCUUUUCUCCGUCAUGUCUCUGCGGUUUAACGUUACAUUUGGUGGUACUAACCCUGCUGUAGCCCGCCUCCUAACCAUCAGCCUACGCCUUAUUUCUCUUCCAUUUUGUUUUCUUUUUUGUAAGUAAUUAAAUGUGUAUAUUGUGUAAAACACCUUUUGUUUUUAGUGUAUUAGGUCCUGAAUCUGUACCAGUUCUUUGUUAUAAGACAUUUUUUCCAGGUUCUUUUUUUUUUUUUUUUUCCUAGCUCACAUACUCACGUGCUCACACACACACACACACACACACACACACACACACACACACACACACUCAUUUGUUCACUUCACUGCUCACUGACACACGUCGACUCAGAUAUUGUACAAAGUAAGGCUUUUAUGAAUGAAACAGUAUUUUAUAUAUAAUAAAUAUAUAUUUGAAAAAAGAGGAUAAAAGGUAUAUAAACUUUAUUCGGCUGUGGGGAGAUUGUUCACUGUUUUCAGACACAAAGGUCAGGCAUUUCACUGAAAAAAUAAAGCUACAUGCUGAACACGGACAGAGACAUUUUCCCUAAAACAUGACAGUCUUGUGUGAUAUUAAGGAUGCCGAUCACUUAAAUCUUUUGUAUUCAAUUUGUAGAAUUAAUAAAUGUUGACCUGAAAUAAAAGGGGAUUUGCUUUUAGGUAGUCUAACGAUUGGGGAAUGUUACAGAUAUUUGUGCACAAAAAAAAAAAAAAAAAAAAAAAAGGAUUUGAAUUACAUGUUUGGCUCCUUCAUUAGAAAAACCGUGAUAUUUGUUUUGUGGUUUUGUUUUGUUUUGUUUUCUAACAUUUCCAGGUGCUGGGCUUUGCUGCACAAAGAGGGCCUGAGGUUUUGCACCCCAAAACCUUCAAAUCCACUUUUGCUGGCUUGAAUUUGUAUCCAAAAUUGGUUCACGUGUUCACGCUCGCUCCUGCUGAAUCACAGGUGAGGAGUGUGUGCACAUGAAUCAGGUGCUGACGCUAACCGAUGUGACGCUCGAUUCACAUCAGGUGUGCAGACUCCUGACGUUCUGUAAGUCUACAAGAGCUGUUUUAGAGGGGAAGAAAUGUUUUCCUGUCAUUUUAUUGUUAUUUUUGUUUUUUUUUUCAAAACUGCUUUGAUGAAUUCUGAUUUUGUCAACCUGGGGUGCGAUUAAAAAUGUAUUUUUUUUUUUUUUUUUUUUGUCUAUUUUUCAUGUCAUGUUAUCCAGAAGUUGUUAUAAACUUUUAAGACAGAAAUAAAUACUAUGUCCAAAGUACUGUCUUCUGAAAAUGUAUGACGGCCACCGCUGCGGGUUUCAUUGUCGAGUGUUUGCGAUUAAUCACUUUGUCCAUAAAAACGCUCAGCUCAUUUCCCCACAGCCCAAACUGACGUCUGCAGGCUUCUUCCUUUGUCCAACAGUGACUCCUUUAUCACAUGCAGCACAGCUCUAGCUGACCAGAGCAGCUGCGUUGUGAGGAAAUAUAAAUACUUUAUAUAAAUCUUAGUGAACAAGUUGAGUUGAAUUUGCCCCUAAAAAACUGAGCAGUGAAUAAACGAAAAGUUGUAUUAAGACAGAAAAUAUUUUACAAUUUCUGGCUCUCAAAACUGUAAUUUCUGUAUAAUCUGAAAAAAUGAAAAGAGAUAAGAGGUGAUAUUAUUGAUUAAAUGGCUGUCACUGGAACAUUA